GCCGAGGCGCCCACGGUGUUCCGCCUCCGCAUGGAGGGCUUGUCUCCGCUGUUGGAGCCGUGGACCCUGGAGGCGCACGCGUGGGCCACACUGCAGGCCCUGCGGCCGCGCGUGCCGCUGCCCUCUCGCCUCGAGGUGGUCCUCCACGAGAUCACCGGGCGGCCCAGGGGCCACGCCUACCUGGACUUCGGCACGCGGGAGGAC